CUCUUCCCUGCCGCUGUCUGGAGCUGAGAUCCAAAAAUGGUGCGCUACUCUCUGGAUCCAGACAAUCCCACGAAAUCAUGCAAAUCACGGGGAUCCAACCUGCGAGUGCAUUUCAAGAACACUCGAGAAACUGCCCAGGCCAUCAAGGGCAUGCACAUCCGCAAGGCCACCAAGUACUUAAAGGACAUCACCUUGAAGAAGCAAUGUGUUCCCUUCCAGCGCUACAACGGGGGAGUUGGUAGAUGCGCCCAGGCCAAACAGUGGGGCUGGACGCAGGGACGCUGGCCCAAGAAGAGUGCAGAGUUCUUGCUGCACAUGCUCAAAAAUGCAGAGAGCAAUGCUGAGCUCAAGGGUCUUGAUGUGGAUUCUCUGGUCAUUGAGCACAUCCAGGUCAACAAGGCUCCCAAAAUGCGCCGACGCACCUACAGAGCACAUGGUAGGAUCAACCCCUACAUGAGCUCCCCCUGCCACAUCGAGAUGAUCCUCACCGAGAAGGAGCAGAUCGUUCCCAAGCCAGAGGAGGAAGUUGCUCAAAAGAAAAAGAUAUCCCAGAAGAAGCUGAAGAAGCAAAAGCUAAUGGCCCGGGAUUAAAUCUGCUCUGCCAGAUGUACAUAAAUAAAAUGAGAAAGUUUAGAUUUA